UGGCCACUUCGUGUGGUCAUGGCGAAGCGGGCAUGGCAAAUAAAGUUGAAAGUUUACUAGAAUGUUCAGUUUGUUUGGAAACACUGAAUGAUCCACGCACUUUGCCAUGCUUUCAUUCAUUUUGCAAGGUUUGCUUGGAGAAAAUUGUUCGGAUUGAACGCAAGAAAGCAAAGAUUGAAGAUUUCAAUUGUCCUUCGUGCAGGUCUGUAUUUCAGUUGAAAUCAGAUCAGGAAGUAGCAGAGUUGUCUAGCAGUCAUUUUAUCCGAAACAUGCUGGAAGCUGUUCAACUACAAAACCGAGCGAAGCAUGCCCAUUGCUCGAAAUGCAAUAAACGGCAAGCAAGUUGCCGUUGUUUGACAUGCGAACUGUUCUUGUGUGACGCGUGUUUGGCAGAGCAUAACUCGGUAUUGGAGAGUUGGCCUAGUUUUAAGAAAAUCCCAUGCUCUGUGUUAAGCAUUGAGGAGUUAACAAAGCCUGAAAACCAGUCAAAGAUUAAAGGCAGCAAAGUUUUGCAUUGUAGUAAACACGAGGGGAAAAAACUGAAGUUUUAUUGCGAGACAUGCAAGAAACUUAUCUGUAGAUAUUGUAUGGAUUUUAUUCAUACCCGACCAGAUCAUGAAUGCGCACCAAUAGAGCAUGUCGUUGAGAAGCGAAAGGAAUUUCUAAAGAACUCGGUCGGUACACUGGAAAAGAAAUUAACCCGUGGCAAUGAAGCUCUACAAGUCACAUCUGUUGUGGAAGAGAAGUUCAAAAGCAACACUCAGAAGGCUAAAGAGUCGAUCAUCAAUGAAAAGGAACGAGUGAAAGAUAUAUUAUUGCAACGCUUGGAAGAGAAUGCACAGAAAAGAUGUGAUGAAGUUGAUGAAUUUUACAAAAGUACACAUGAAAAAGUAAUUGCAAAGCAGCAGAAGGAGAUACAGUCAUUUGUGAAUGAAGUUAAUGUGUCGUAUGAUUUGGCAAAGAAGAUUUUAGAGAAUGGUACCAAUGUGGAAGUUAUCGAAUCAGAAAGAAUGGUGGCAGAGAGGUUGGGAGGUGUAGAGAAGGAGGAAAAAAUAAAGAUUACACAGAUCAAUGAUGUAGAUAUUGAAUAUGUCAAGAAACCCAUUGAUGUUAAACAGCUAGAAAAGUUUCUGGAAUUGGGUGAUGUGAAAUUAAAAGGUAAUGAAACACCAAAGUUAGCAUGCAGUGGCUAUGGUAUAUAA